UGCGAGCCUGGACCUACCAGCGCGGGUUCUGCUCUGACCAGGAGAAGCGGACCCCUUUCACCCAUCCAGACCCCGCGAUGCCGGCCCCGCAGUGCGCCUCCUGCCACAAGGCCCACGCCGCCCUCCGCCCGCGCUCCGGCUUCUGCGCCGCCUUCAAGGCCAAGGUGCUGCACACUGUGGUCGCGGGCCACCUGCUGCGAGCCGUGGGGCGCCAGGCGGCGCGCUGGGAGCUGCCGCUCACCGUCGUGGCCUACGCUGACCUCUUCGGGGGCAGGACGAUGGACGCUGUGGCCCGCAGCACGGCCACCGGCCGCAGCCGCUCCUGCUGCACCUUCUGCGGGGUGCUGCGGCGGCGGGCGCUGGAGGAAGGGGCUCGCCUCGUGGGAGCCACGCACGUAGUGCCCGGCCACAACGCGGACGACAUGGCGGAGACGGUGCUCAUGAACUUCCUGCGGGGCGACGCGGGCCGGCUGGCCCGGGGCGGGGGCCUGGGCUCCCCGGGCGAGGGGGGCGCCCUGCCGCGCUGCCGCCCGCUGCAGCUGGCCUCGCAGAAGGAGGUGGUGCUGUACGCGCACUUCCGCCGCCUGGACUACUUCUCCGAGGAGUGCGUGUACGCGCCCGAGGCCUUCCGCGGCCACGCGCGCGACCUGCUCAAGCUGCUGGAGGCGGCGCGGCCGUCGGCGGUGCUGGACCUGGUGCACUCGGCCGAGCGCCUGGCGCUGGCCCCGGCCGCCCGGCCCCCGCCCGCCGGCGCCUGCUCCCGCUGCGGGGCGCUGGCCAGCCGCGCGCUCUGCCAGGCCUGCGCCCUCCUGGACGGCCUGGACCGCGGCCGGCCCCGCCUGGCCAUCGGCAAGGGCCGCCGGGGGCGGGACGAGGUGGGGCCGGCGGGGACUCCGCAGGAGCGGGAGCGGGUCCAACCCCCAGCCCGGGAAGCCGUUCCCGCUGUUCCCACCUUCUAGGGACCCCAGUUCCCCAUUGGGGCGCCUGUAAAUGACACUGUGAAUAAA